CUGCGACAACAGUACGCGGGCUAUAGUACUAGAGCUAGAGCUAUAUGUGACAGUUGAAACUAUAGUCUUGCACGUUAGAUGAGCUAGGCGUCCCUAAAAAAUCCAUGAAACGCAUCGCUACACCUGAGUGCGAGUCGAGCCGUGAAGAUGGCAGACCCAUCGACAACGUGGGCGUGUCUGACGUCACACAGCCCACACGAGACGUCAUCGGAGAGAACUCGGAGCCGAAUGGUCGCCCUGAAACGCCUCGUAUUGGGCAGACGCUUGCGGAGAGGAACGACCACCUUCCGCGGCUUGAGGACGUUGCACACAAUAAGAAAAAUAGCCUCGUCACCAACGCGGCCGAUAAAGCAACCGCAGCCAAACACGAGGCCACAAACGCAGAAACUCACCUGCGCUGCGGUUGGUUUGGAUGGCAUCCAUCAGGGGUGCAGCUGUUCAACCGGCCCGGCUGUCUACUGUUCUUCAUGGGCCUCUGCGUGAUCGGCCAGGGGGCGCUGCUGAACGGCUUCAUCCCGUCAUCGGUGCAGACGAUCGAGAAGCGCUAUGAGCUGAGCAGUAGACAGACGGGCAUCAUCGCUGCGCUGUAUGACGCAGAUGUGCCGGCAAGGAAUUACCUACUAGACGACAAUCGUCAGCCAGGGGAAACACAGUCCUUGUACUUAGGAACCUACCUUGCUCUGGGAGCGGUCGGUCCUGCACUCGGCUACAUAUUAGGAGGAGUCUUCGUCAGCAUCUAUGGCGAUCUAUGGAAGAUCGAUAUAUCAAAUGUAGGUGUGCGACCGGGCGACCCUCAGUGGUACGGUGCGUGGUGGCUGGGCCCGCUCAUUGCUUCAGCCUUCGCCCUACUGGCUGCGAUUCCUAUACUAGGCUACGCUGCCGAACUACCAGAGAAUCGGAGCCGACAUGGUCGCCCUGGAAAGGACGCGCUCGUACUUGGAGACGUUGCGGAGCAGGAACGAACCACCUUCCGGCAGGCUCUCCGAGGACCUCGAGUGUCACGCGCGUGGCGGGGAUCAAAUGCCUCGCAGCAGGCUUCGUGUGAGCUCAAAGAUUUGCCUGCCUCAUUGACGCUGCUCGCGCGCAACCCGACGUAUGUGUUUAUAGUCAUCUGCGAUGGACUUGAAGCCUUCAUGGUCGGAGGCUUUAUUCAUUUCUCGCCAAAGUUACUAGAAAACAUUUUUAACCUCACGUCUGGAUCGGCAAGUUUAAUAGCAGGUGCUGUCACGGUGGGUGCAGCAGCGACCGGCAUUUUCCUGGGAGGAUACAUCGCACGCAGACUAUCGCUGAGAACGCCGGGAAUGCUGAAGCUGACCAUCCUCGCUUUAGCUCUGUCGAUGGUGUCCGGAUUGGGAUUACUCAUAACUUGUCCGAAUUUUGCCUUUGCGGGCGUCACUGUCCCAUUUAAUGAUUCGAGCGAGACGCCCGGAUUCACGGCAGCCUGCAACCAACACUGCAGUUGCAGUUAUGAGGAAUACAAUCCGCUAUGCGGCGCUGACAACGUCAGAUAUUUCUCACCUUGUUUCGCUGGUUGCAAUGCAAGCAGCGACGACGACGGCCAAAUGGUCUUCACCAACUGCGAUUGUAUCGGUACAGCAUACGGCACGCGCGGCCGGUGUGACACUGACUGCAACAAUUUAUCCUACUUCAUCGUAGUCUUCGCAUUGUUCAUAUUAUUCGAGAUGAUUUCCGCCACGCCGACACAAUCAGCUAUCUUACGCUGCGUUCCUGUUUCGCAGCGAUCUCUAGCUGUAGGAGUGCAAUGGAUAGUAUUAAGACUUAUAGGAGGUAUUCCGGGACCAAUAGUUCUCGGCGCUGUUAUCGACGGCACCUGUCUGGUUUGGGGACAGAAAUGCGGCAUCAAAACCUCGUGCAUUCAGUAUGACAGCCCGAGUCUCUCACUGCGCAUGUCGAUGAUGCAACUUGGUGUGAAGAUAGCAUCGUGUUGUAGCGCGCUGCUAGCUCUGCUAUGCUACAAACCGCCUAGACUUGUAAAGGACUCUACCAUUCUGAACACCGCAGAGCUGCCGACGGAGGAUAUGUUACCACCAGAUGACGCUGCGGAGCAAGUUGGCGUUGAUACGGGUGGACUUGCAAGGAACCAAUGGGAUCGCGACAAUCCCGCAUUCGUUUAUCCGGUGACGCGAGCUGAGACAUCAUUAUGAGCUAUAGGUGGUACUCAACAGUAUCUUCCAGCUAAAUAUCUAUCAAGGGUUCUAAACUUUGCGUUAAGAAUUACACUUUUCUGAAUUUCUCGGGGUGAAUCGAUCACAGUAUUACCAAUAGCGUGUGCAUCUUAUAAACAUCAAAAGAUGUAAAUAAUUCAUUUGAUUUCUAAAUUUAAAAUUUGAGCUACGAACUUUCUUGAAUAAUGUAGCCCCACACUGUACAGGGAGAGCCGCCGCCUGUAUGGUGAGAAUCCAAGUAAAUUCUUGUAAAACCAAAGUAAAUCAAAAGUAGUUCAGGUAAACCAAAGUAAAUUCUUUCAAGUAAAGUAUGGACAACUUGCGAAUUUGCACAUCUUCCUGGGAAAUUGUUUAGUUUGAAGCAUUCUUUUAAAGGAAAGACUUUGAAUACUACUUUCUAAGUGUUUUAAUUGGGAUUUUUGUGCUCUUUCCUCAGGCCUAUUCACUUUACAAGUCUACUAUUAGUGAUUUUUAUCUACACAUUUCAAUACACGCAAUAAUAUCAGCGAAUCACGUAAUAUGAACUUGCGCAAACUACCCAAGUUACACAUAGAGGGUGCAUGCGCCCUAAAAAUUUUAUUCAACACAAUUGAUAGUCAGCGAGGUACAAUAACAAUAUCUUACUUUUUAUCUAAUAUUCUGAACUAAUACGACAUUCUUAAUGCAAUUACGCGUACUGGUAAAAUUAAUCAUUUAAAUCACUAGUUGAAUGCCCUUAGACUUGCCGUACGUGUUAAAAAGCGGAAGCCCGGAUCAGGCAUACAGGAGCGCAUAUCUCCUGCGCGCUACCCAUGAGAACAAUAUAUAAAUAUGUCGCAUUCUGCUCACUUACAUCACUAUAUACUAGCCAACGGUGGCGUAGAUUUGGCGAAAUCGUUACUCGAUGCAGUGAAGCUAUGAAGUUAACUAAAUAAUGCAUAAUAAUUAUAUAAUUACAUAUUUGAGCGCGAACUAUCGUGUAGCUUCGAUUAGUAGAAAACGUUUUCUGCCUCAUCGUUUUAUCUUUACUCGCCUUGCAGAUAUCGCAAGCAUCGUAAGAUAUUGUUUGCACCUUUGCAUAUAAGGUAAACGAUUCCCUUUAACUUUUGAAAUGAAAAUUUUGAUAUGUACUAAUCCCAGUUUUAAUAUUUUAACCACCUUUUUCGCGCAUUUUUAUAACUUUUUACAAUCAGAUAUGUGACAUGAUCAAUUAAUCUAAAUUACUGAUAAAUAAUCGCGUGUACAUAUGUUAAUUAUGUCGAUAGUAAUAAACCUUUUAUAUAGAUGCGGUUUAUAAAGA